GAAACAGUCAAAACCAUCUUUUAAACCAUUUCAUAGUUGUCUGUUCUGACGUGGUCAAAAUAAAUAAUUUUGGAAAAAAGACAAUUUGCCGAGCGAAAUUCAGGAAUUGAAUCGAUACAAGAACACUACGGCAUUUGCUGGAACGAGUUUUUACCGCGUAUCGUGAAGGAAGGUUAGUAGAGCGAUGAACUCAUUUCAACAACCAGGACCGCCGCAACAAGGCUGGCCUCAACCACCACAACAGCAAAUUCCAGGAGUACUUAAUGGAAAUCAGCAAAACAAUUUGACCGGUCAGAUGUCCAAUAUGAAUCUGGGCGAUUCGAACGAGCGACCGGCACCAUUCGGCGUUAAUCAGGGAAGUCACAAUAAAUUUCUUCCACCGGCGGCACAACCACCAGCUGGUUUGAGUUCAAACAACAACUUCAACACAAACAACAAUGCACUUCAUCAACAACAUGCACCACCACAGCAAGGUCUCGUAAACGGUCAGAGUGGUCCACCGCAGUUGUCUCGAACACCGCAACCAAAUUUUCCGUCACAAUUAGGCCCACAAAACGCUACACCAAAUUUUCAAAACAAUGCGAUGCCUACGCCUCCAUUGCAAUCGCAACAAAGUAGGCCUCCAAUACAAAACCAACAGAUGCAGCCACCGGCACAACAAUUUCCACCAAGUCAACCUAAUCAAGGCAAUGGAAUGCCUCCGCAUCCUACAAGUCAAUUACCACCAAAUUCUCAGCAGCAAUCAAUCGGCGAACAACAUUCACAUCCUAAUCCAAAUGCAUUUCUUGGUCAACAACAACGGUCGCAAUUUCCCGGUCAGCAACCACCACCACCAGGCUCUUCAAUGCAUCCAAAUUCUCAGUCUGGGCCUGUGAAUCCUGGAAUGCCUCCACAAUCUGGAAUGCCACCACAACAAGGAAUUCCACCACAACAAGGAAUGCCACAACAACCAGGAAUGCAACAACAACAACAACCUGGAAUGCAACAACAACAACCUGGAAUUCCACCACUGGGAAUGCCUCCAAAGCCACUCAUCCAAAAUAAUCCACCAAGUGGUGUUGCGCAGCCUGGAGUACCUUUACAACAAGUAAAUCGUCCACAACCUGGCAUGCCACAACCUCCAGGAAUGCCUCCACAACCUGGUAUGUAUCAACAAUCUGCUAUGCAGCCGCAAUCAGGAAUGCCACCACAACCGGGCAUGCCUCCACAGCAUGGAAUGCCGCCACAACCUGGAAUGCAACCACAACCUGGAAUGCAUCCACAAUCAAGCAUGCCUCCACAACCUGGUAUGCAUCGACAACCUGGAAUGCCACUACAACCUGGAAUGCAUCCACAAAUGGGAAUGCAACAACAACAACAACCAGGAAUGCCUCCACAGCUUGGAAUGCAACCACAAACUGGAAUGCCACCACAACCUGGAAUGUAUCCACAACCUGGAAUGCCACCACAACCUGGAAUGCCACCACAACCUGGAAUGCCACCACAAACUGGAAUGCAUCCACAAAUGGGAAUGCAACAGCAACCAAUGCAGCCUGGAGCAUAUCCAGGCAUGCAGCCUCAGCAACGAAAUUUCAAUAGCAAUCAAGGCAUGUAUAAUCCACCAGGAAACUUUCCUCAAGCUCAAGCUCAGCAGCAACAACGUAGGCUCGAUCCAGAUCAAAUGCCAAAUCCAAUUCAAGUUAUGGCUGAAAAUCAGCGUGCAAUGACUGGGCCAUUUGUUACAAGUCAGCCAGGAUUAGUACCACCAUUGGUAACAACCAAAUCGAUAACACAAGAUCAAGGCAACUCUGGACCACGAUUCAUUCGUUCGACCAUGUACAAUGUUCCUGCCACUGCCGAUAUGAUGAAACAAACAGCAGUACCAUUUGCGCUAAUAAUUUCUCCAUAUGCCAAGACUUUAGAGGGCGAAAUCGUUCCGCCAAUAGUCAAUUUCGGUGAAGUCGGUCCGAUUCGAUGCAUUCGUUGCAAGGGUUAUAUGUCACCCAACAUGCAGUUUAUUGACGCCGGACGUAGAUUCCAGUGUUUGCUAUGCAAAGCGACCACUGAAGUUCCGCAAGAGUAUUUCCAGCACUUAGAUCAUACUGGACAACGAACGGAUAAAUAUGAGCGACCUGAAUUGGUAUUGGGCACCUACGAAUUCGUGGCUACGAAAGACUACUGUCGGAACAACAAGCCACCCAAUCCACCGGCAAUGAUAUUCGUAAUUGAUGUGUCGUACAACAACAUCAAAUCCGGACUGGUGCAUCUGCUGUGCAGUGAAAUGAAGCGAAUCAUACGAAAUCUACCGAUUGACCAAGGAAUGGAUCGCAGUGCCAUGAAAGUUGGCUUCAUAACGUACAACAACACCGUACACUUCUACAAUUGCAAAUCGAAUUUGGCUCAGCCGCAAAUGAUGGUCGUCGGUGAUGUGCACGAGAUGUUCAUGCCAUUGUUGGACGGAUUUCUGUGUGACCCGGAAGAAUCGGGUGCGGUUAUCGAUUCGCUGAUGGAGCAAAUACCGGCAAUGUUUGGUGAAACGCGUGAAACGGAAACAAUUUUGUUGCCGGCCAUACAAGCUGGCCUGGAAGCGCUGAAAGCGUCCGAAUGUGCCGGCAAAAUUAUCGUUUUACAUUCAUCGUUGCCGAUAGCUGAUGCGCCAGGAAAGUUGAAAAAUCGCGAUGAUCGAAAUGUUCUCGGCACGGAGAAAGAGAAAACGGUUCUGACGCCACAGACCAACGUAUACAAUAACCUCGGUCAGGAGUGUGUUCAAGCUGGCUGUGCUGUUGAUUUGUUUAUUUUCAAUAAUUCGUACGUUGACCUGGCCACGAUUGGACAAAUUUGCCGAUUGACUGGCGGUGAGAUCUACAAAUACACUUACUUCCAAGCGGAUAUGGAUGGUCAUCGGGUGGUGAACGAUCUGAUUAAAAACAUCUCACGACCCAUUGCAUUCGAUUCUGUGAUGCGUGUUCGAACGUCAACGGGAGUACGACCAACCGAUUUCUACGGUCACUUCUUUAUGUCGAAUACGACCGACAUGGAAAUCGGAGCCAUCGAUUGUGAUAAAUCGAUCGCAAUUGAAGUUAAGCACGACGAUAAAUUGGCUCCGGAGGAUAAUGUUUACAUUCAGGUGGCACUUUUGUACACAUCAUGCAGUGGACAACGACGAUUGAGGAUUCUAAAUCUGGCUCUCAAGACAUGUACGCAAAUGGCUGAUCUAUUUAGGUGUUGUGACCUGGACGCGAUGGUUUUGUUCUUUGCCAAACAGAUCAUAUUCAAACUUGUGGAAACGCCACCGAAGGCGGUAAAAGACAGUUUAGAAGCCCGUUGUGCGCAAAUACUCGCCUGCUAUCGGAAAAAUUGUGCAUCGCCCACAUCUGCCGGUCAAUUAAUUCUUCCCGAAUGCAUGAAACUGUUGCCAUUGUAUGCAUCAUGCUUGAUGAAAAAUGAUGCUAUUUCCGGUGGUUCUGACAUGACAUGCGACGAUCGUUCGUAUGUGAUGCAAUUCGUUUCGAUUAUGGACUUGCCGAUGUCUGUGUCGUACUUCUAUCCCCGUUUGAUACCCAUCCACGAUGUGGACGUUAACGAUACGGAUGUACCAUCGCCCAUUCGGACGACCAUUGAGAAAAUGUGCGACGAUGGAGCGUACAUUUUGGAGAAUGGUAUUCACAUGUUCAUUUGGCUGGGUCUGUCGCUGGCACCCGAAUUUACACAAUCAGUAUUUGGCGCACCGAGUUCGCAACAAAUUGAUACGGAUCGUUGUGGUGUGCCGGUAUUUGAUAAUCCGUUGUCGCAAAGGAUACGCGAUAUUAUCGACAGCAUUCAAGCGGAACGGCCUCGAACCAUGCGGAUAACUCUGGUGCGACAACGCGACAAAUUGGAAGGUGUUCUGCGUCACUUUUUGAUCGAGGACCGUGGUACGCAUGGUGCGCCCAGUUACGUUGACUAUCUUUGCUAUUUACAUAAAGAAAUCCGAUCGUUGCUCAGCUAGCUAACGAAUGAUUGUGAACAGUGGCCGCCUCGGAACGUUGACAACAACUCGUCGUGUCGUAGCAUAUCGCAAAAUCGAACUAGAGCGUUGCGAUACCGCCGUGCGUUAAUGGGAAGGUAAAAAAAAUAUUUUUUUUUUUAAUUUUAGCCGUUUAGUUACAUCAAAUUUAGUGGAAAAACAAUUUCGUUUUUGAGAGAGAAAGGAGAGAAAUAAGAGAGGAAAAAUACAGAAAAAAAAUCUUUUAAGAAAAAAUCUUAUCGAAAAAAAAACGUUUCAUUUCGACAUAAAAGAAGUCAAUUGUUUCAUUUUUGUGAUCAAGAAAUUGAUGGACAGUCACAGGUGCGGGAUUCAAUGUGUUUGUGGCAAUGUUCGUUUGUAGCAUUUAAAAAAGACAAAACAAUAAACUUUUGAAAACAAUAUAAUGAAUUAGCGUAAAUCAGCGUAGAAGUCAAUAGCUAGAAGUCAAUUUUCAGUUGAAAUUAGUAAAAAAAAAUCCCAAUGAAAGGAGGAUGAGGAGAUUUACAUCCGCAUUUCUUUUAAAAAUAGAAGAAAAUCAUAAGAGGUGACGAACUCAAUUUUUUACUAACAUAAAACCUUCCUAUAAUCGUUCUCUUGCUUAUUUUUGUUUCGUAUUAUUUUAAUGCAGUACCGCCCGCCCCGAAUUUCCAAUAGAGUUAUUUAUGAAUAUGAAAAUCGCUAUAAAUUCUGA